AUCCACAGCUUUGCUAAGAGACCUGCUCUCUGGCCAGCAGCACUGCAGAAAAAACAGCACAUCUCUUCACUUCAGCCUCUGCAGGCGCUUCAAGCUAAAGUAGCUUCCGCUGACUCCUACAUUGCAUGACUUUAAUCUUGAAGAUGGGAAUGGCAGAUUAUAAACUGAUUUCUCUUCUGGCUCUAGCUUUGCUUCUGAGCGCAUGUGCUUCAGAAGGGAAAAGAGGAAGGCCGAAAGGUCAAGAAAAGACACCUGUCGAGGAGGAGAGUUUCGAUCAAGAUGAUUCACAGGAAAGCACACUACAAGAAGAAAUCAUUCCUGAUGAAGACCAUGAUAAAGAGUCCAUGGUGGAACCGCAAACUACAAGUCCUUCGCCUUCCACAGAAACUCUCAAUUCCUCUGUGCCUGAAGAUGGAAACAGCACUGAUGAGCUUGUUCCAACAAAAACGAGCAUCACCAAAAUCCACAACCCUCUGUUUCCCAUCACCGACAGCUCUUACAGCGCGUAUGGGAUCCUGUUUCUGGCGUUUGUGGUGUUUGCCUUCGGCGUUGUGGGUAAUCUUGCUGUAAUGUGCAUCGUUUGGCAGAAUUACUUCAUGAGGAGUGCUUGGAACUAUUUUCUGGCCAGUCUGGCUUUUUGGGAUUUUCUGGUGUUAUGCUUCUGUCUGCCGGUGGUGGUUUUCAAUGAACUCACCAAUAAGAGGCUGCUGGGGGAUUUCUCAUGCAGAGUUGUGCCUUAUAUCGAGGUAACAUCUCUCGGUGUGACCACCUUCAGUUUGUGUGCGCUGGGCAUUGAUCGCUUCCAUGCUGCCACCAGCUCCAUGCCAAAGGCGCGGCGGGUCGAACGCUGUCAGAAAGUCUUUGCCAAGCUGGCGGUGGUGUGGAUCGGCUCCAUGGUGCUGGCGGCUCCAGAACUGCUCCUGUGGCAGCUGCAUCAGGUCACAUCCCCUACCCUGGGUGACCAAGUGGACACCUGCAUCAUGAGCCCAUAUCCAGACCUCCCUGAAUCCAUCUAUUCCCUCAUUAUCAACUACCACGACGCUCGCAUGUGGUGGUACUUCGGCUGUUACUUCUGUCUACCUGUGGUCUUCACCCUGCUCUGUCAGCUGGCCACCUGUCACGUGUCUGGCGGGAGCGGAAGCUCUCCCAAGCGUCCAGAGGAGCGAUCCCCGUCCAAAAAACAAAAGCUUCAGCAUGCUCAGCAGGUAGAACGACAGCUCAACUGCACAGUCAUGGCUCUGGCAGUGGUUUACGGUGUCUGUACACUUCCAGAGAAUGUCUGCAACCUCACUCUGGCCUACGCUCCCAUUCAAGUAUCCGAGGAGGUGUCUUCACUCCUAGCCCUCAUAAACCAGUUUUUCCUGUUCUUUAAGUCAUCGGUGACACCGGUGCUGCUGCUUUGCCUGUGUAAGUCUCUGGGACAGGCCUUCAUGGACUGUUGCUGCUGCUGCUGUGAGGAAUGCCAGCCAAGCAACUCUUCAUCCACCCAAAAUGUCGCCGAAGGCAAGCUCAAGACCUCCAAUGAUGUGUCCUCCAUUUUUUUUGAUAAAGCCAAGGACACUUCGACUAUCUUGUCCAUCGGUAGUUGAGUAGGCGGAUCCGAUCCCCAAGUGAUGACAUGAAACCUAUAAAACAACCUCCUUUUUUUCCCCAUCAUCCACAAGUGGCCAUCUUUACAUUUUGCAAGACUGUAGAAGCAAGUUAGUGCUUCUAGGUUAGGUUUAGGUCAAUGGGUUCCAAACAUGUCUCUGAAGGGCAGCUGUCCUACACAGUUUAGUUCCUAUCCUCAUUAAGGUCUAUUAAGGAAGCUAAUCAACGUCUUUUGAAACUUCAAGUGAAGUGAGCCAAUGUUGGUUGGAGCUAAACUUGCAGAACAAUGACCUUACAGGAACAAGAUUGGACAACCCUGGUUUAUGUACCGUGUUUACACAAGACCCUGGACUAAAGAAAGUAUAGCCCAUUACAAUCAGUGAUUCCGUCUACACUGAGUGUGGAGAAGUUAAAUAAACCCCUGACAGUAAUCUCAAGACAGAAGAAGUUCUACUUCUGAUGUGCUUGCACUUCUUGUGAAAAGAAGGAGAAAGGGAUUGGGAGUGUCUGCAUUGUCAUAACCCUUGUAGACAGCGUUUAACUGAUGUGGCGCGACUCAACAAUGGUUGCAUCCAGUGUAGACAAGAAGUAAGAAUAUUUUCAAUUAGGAUCUAAAUUAAGGGUGUACAGUCCUGCUCUACAAGUUUACCUUUAACACAAAUUAAACAUGGCAUCUAAUCAAAGAGUAUAUUCCAUUUGAAGGAUUAACCCCUCUGAGUGACAGCUUCAAAGGAAUUAGGGUAUAGAGAUGAGCCCUUUUGAUUGGAACAUGCUUUUUACAUCAAACAACACCCUGUACAAAUGUUCAUGGCGGCGUGAGGUGGACAUUAGUUACACCCUUUAAAAUCCUUCAUUUCGAAGGGCCUUUGAAAGUGGCGAGUUUUUAGCACUUCAGAUUGAAAUGGCACUUCAAUAAUGCGUCUGUUAUUAUUUUCACUCUGAAGUGCUCUUCUGAGGGUGUUAUAUAUCCCAUUUGGAAUUCAAACUGGUAACACAAGUGUUGGAGUUGGUUUGAGUCUAAAUUUGCAGAACAGUGAACCUCCAGGAGCAGGAUUGAACAGUCCUUGUUCAAGUACAGUGAUUCUGUCUACACUGGAUGUGGUGGAUUAUGAAAAAUCUGGGAAUGAGACAUUAAAACAUGUUGGACAUGAAGGUGAAA